AACACGCUGCCUGCCACGUCAAGUAUUCUGCGCAGAACGGUGUAUCCAUUUGCUCAUGCAUUCAAAACGAGUCUACACAUUACCCAGUGGCAGAGAUCCUUAUCUCUCCUGACAGAGCAGAGACAAAGGAACUUGAUGUUUACCUGAGAACGGGCAGACUGGUUUUUCUCACAGCCAAGGGACAAAGGAGGAGGACCGUAACUUUUCUCCUUGGAAUCCCAGGUGAAAGACAUCCGUUAUUCUGAGUUCUAGACUACACCAGGUGAAUGGAGAGAUCAGUUAUUCUGAGUUCUAGACUACACCAGGUGAAUGGAGAGAUCAGUUAUUCUGAGUUCUAGACUACACCAGGUGAAUGGAGAGAUCAGUUAUCCUGAGUUCUAGACUACACCAGGUGAAUGGAGAGAUCAGUUAUUCUGAGUUCUAGACUACACCAGGUGAAUGGAGAGGAGAAUGUGACAGGGAAGUGGACGUUACGUUUCUAGAACGUUUCUGGAGUUAAUGUAAGAGGGGUGCUGGAUAACUUAAUGGAAAUAAGGACUGGAAGUCUGACUGGAUUUCAUGGAGAUAACUCAGUGGCUCACCCAGUGGGUAACAGGGGGUCGUUCUACCUCUCCCAGAGCUGCUGAGCGCCCCGGACUGCGCCGAAGCAAAACGCGUAGAGUGACUGUUCUGAGAACGUCAUGUUUCGCUGCUCUCGGCGGUGCGCUCUUUUUCCUCCUUGGAGUGUGUUUGCUCAAUCUCCCGGACCCGCGUCAGCAACCCUUCCCUCUGACUGAAGGUGAACCCAGAGAUGUCACCCUUCUGCUGUGGACGCACCCCUUCGGCCGUUACCGUAGACUGCCGGACUGUGAGGUGCGCUUUGGAAUCCGUGGGUGUGUACUGACCGACGACCGGCGCAUGUACCCUGGGGCUGACGCCAUCAUCAUGCACCACCGUGAGAUAACGACCAACGCCACGGCGCUCCCGUCUGACCCACGACCCCGUGGCCAGAAGUGGAUCUGGAUGAAUUUUGAGUCCCCGUCUCACACUCGUGGCCUGCGGCGGUUCGAGGGCGUGUUCAAUCUCACCAUGACCUACCGUGCAGAUUCAGACAUAUUCCUUCCUUACGGCUACCUGGUGCCCCGCCUUCGCCCUCACGCCAACGCCCCUACACACACACGACCCAGACGGCCCCACCUACUGGCCUGGGUCAUCAGUAACUGGUCGGAGUCGCAGGCCCGCGUGGCGUAUUACCGUCGGCUGGUUAACUACGUUGACGUGGAUGUGUUCGGGCGCGCAGGCAUGCCACUGCCAGAGGACAGCACUGUGGUGCGCACGGUGAGGCGUUACCUGUUUUAUCUGGCGUUGGAGAACUCCCAGCACCCCGACUACAUCACCGAGAAGCUCUGGAACUCCUUACUGGCCGGGGCCGUUCCUGUAGUUUUCGGGCCGCCGCGGGAAAACUAUGAACGCUUCCUCCCACCUGAGGCCUUUAUCCAUGUGGACGACUUCCCCUCUCCCCGCCUGCUCGCCCAAUACCUGUUGCUGCUACGCCGGAGCCCUGCCCUCCUGCAGAGACACCUGGUCUGGAGGAGGAGCUACAGCGUACACCUGACUGCCUUUUGGGCGGAGCAUUACUGCACAGCGUGUCGCGUCGUGCGGAACCACAGACUCCGGACGAACACCAUCACCAACCUUCAGCGCUGGUUUGAGUCCUGACC